GUCAUCCGUGGCAUUCCGUUCAUCUCGCUGCCAUGCCGAGCACGACUGAAGCGCCGGCGUUGCCGGGACCUGCUCCGCCCUGUCUGCCAUCUUCGCCGACCAAGUCAACGCCACCGUCGCCAACCAAACCGUCCCCUCAUGCGACGCUUCAAAUGCUCGCGGCUAAAGCUGCUGCUGCCAGCCUACCCGUCGCCCCCACGCGUACGCUGAAAGUAUUCACAGGGUCAUGGAACGUCGGCAACAAGAUGCCGCCCGCGACGUCGGAAGGCAUCCAUGGUUGGGUGCCGAAAGGCGGUGAUGACUACGACAUCGUGGCGAUUGGACUCCAAGAAAGCACGUACAAGAAGAAGGCGACGUCGUCACCGACACAUCGCGAUGACGUCGAAUCGGUCGCAGAGCACGAGGACGAAGACGACGACGAAGACGCCGUCGAUGACGCCGAUCUCCACGACGUCGUGCUGGACGACGCGUCGAAACGCAAGCCGUCGCCGUUGGUCAAAGCAUCCCAGAGUAUUCGACAGUCGUUUGGCGACCUCGCACGUCGAGCGAGCACGACGGCGUCAGCGCAGUCGUAUCCAUUCUUCGUUCAGCUUCUCGAGCACCUUGGUCCCGAUUACACGGUCGCGGGCGCCGUCGAGCUCAUGGAGAUUCGUCUGGCCGUAUUUGUCCACACUCGGAACACGGUGUCGAGUGUGGAAAAGGUUACCGAGGCCACAGGCGUCGGCAACGUGAUCGGGAACAAGGGCGGCGUCGUGCUCAAGAUGGUGGUCGACCACCGGUCGUUUUGCUUUGUCAACUGCCACUUAGCCGCCCACGAGGCGGCAAAAUUUCUCGAGCGGCGCAACAACGACGUGGCGGAGAUUCUGAGCGGCGCCCGCGUCGGCCAGCGCAGUAUCGAGCUCGACCACCAAUUUGACCAUGCGUUUUGGUUUGGCGACAUGAACUACCGCGUGCAGCUCGCGUACACCGACCCGAAGGACAAGACGAAGGAAGAGCAUUGGACGGCCGUCCACGCCCUCGUCAAGGGCAAAGAGUACAGCAAACUGUACGCGAACGACCAGCUCCAGCACCAAAUGCAUGCCAAUAAAGUGCUUGCCGGGUGGCAUACGGCCCCUUGCAACUUUCCGCCGACUUUCAAGCGGCUCCGCGGCAAAGUGGAUGAGUUUACGCAACAACGCGUCCCAUCCUACUGCGACCGCGUGCUGUGGAAGUCGCUGCCAGGGUUCGCCGCCAACCUGACCUUGAAAGAGUACAACUGCGUCGAGGAUAUUUCGACGAGUGAUCAUAAGCCGGUCUUUGCAACGUUCGACGUGCGGCCGCUGCCGACACCAUCACCAAACUCCAACUCGCACGACCUCGUCGAGGUCAAGUUUUCUGACGUGUCGGCGACGAACCUGGACGCCAUGGACUUGAAUGGACAGAGCGAUCCUUACAUCAAAUUCUACUGCACCGUGCCGGACUUGCUCUUGGGCGACGAUGGCAAGCAUCCGCAGUCAGCCGUGCUAAAAGGGACCCUGAAUCCUACAUGGGAAGACGGCCAAAUUCCAGCGCUACAGCUCAAAUGCCAACUGAAUCAAAUCCUGCGACUGCACAUGAUCCUGUUGAUCAUGGAUUGGGACGCAACGUCGGCCGACGACCCCCUCGGACAAGCGGUGCUGUACUUGCCGGACUGCUACGAACCCGGCGAAAGCGUGCCGUUUGAGGUGCCCGUGAUCCGCAAAGGUAUCAAGUCGGGCACGAUCCGUGGCAAAGUGUCGAUCCAUGCGUCCGGAAAGAGGUUUGCCGAGUGGGAGAAGAACCACGCGAGAGUACCGGGGUGCGCGUGCUUGCUCAUGUAGCGCCAUGGAACCCUUUUCUCCUUCCAUAAUUCACACGUAUGCAUGAACUCGA